AUGCGUUGUGAUACACUAUACAACAAGUAUUUGCACAAUUCGUCGAAAUUGAAGAUCGUCAACGAUUACUAUAGCUUUUCCAUUGUUUUACUGGUCGAAUCUUCGAAAAAUAUUUGGUCUUCAGCAGAGAUUGCCACGGUCAAAAUUUUGGCUCCGGCUCGGGCUCUUGGCUCCGUGCAAAAUUUGAAAAGGCCUCCGGCUCCGAUUCCCGGCCCCCAGCCGGGAAAUCUUGGCUCGGAGCCGGAGCCAAGAGCCGGCUCCGGAGCCGUGGCAAUCUCUGGUCUUCAGCCCAAACGCCAAGUGAAUGGCCGUCCGCUGACUUCCAGUAAUCGUUGA